GUUCAUCAAAGAGACACGAGUGGCCGGUAACACAGGAGGGGAGGGAGUGUUCAGUACGUCUACAACGGGGAAGCUGCCAUUAGCUACAGGCUAGCAGAAGCUAAACUAGCUCGUUAGUGUUGUCGUCCGAAUCCCAGCGCAUAAAAGCUACCUUUGGUGUGCAUGCUUCAUGGGGCACUGAUGUAAAGAGCAGUGGAAGAAGGUGUGUGCAGUAUCAGAAUGGAUGGACAGACUCAAAGGAUUCAGCUUGUGUCAGCAGACAACAACAUGGCUUUAGGACACAGAAUCCAGAUUGUAACGGAUCAGCAGACUGGCCAGAAGAUCCAGAUUGUCACAGCACUUGAGCCAUCUUCCCCUGGAAAGCAGCAAUUUAUUCUAGCAAAUGCUGACUAUUCCCCUGGUGGGAAGGUGAUCCUGGCCAAGCAGGAAGGCUCACCCAACAAGGUCAUCCUUGCCACUCCAGACGGCUCUGGAGUUAACCAGCUGUUAUUUGCCUCCCCUGAACUUGCUGGGCAGCAGAUUCAGUUUGUGACUGAAGGCUCAGACCAGUCUAUUGUGAAGCCAGUUGUGGAGUACUGCGUUGUCUGUGGGGAUAAAGCCUCAGGGCGUCAUUACGGAGCUGUCAGCUGUGAAGGCUGCAAGGGCUUCUUCAAACGCAGCAUUAGGAAGAACCUGGUGUACACAUGCAGGGGCUCCGGAGAGUGUGCCAUCAACAAGCUUCACCGAAACCGAUGCCAGUACUGUCGACUGCAGCGCUGCAUAGCUCUGGGCAUGAAACAAGAUUCUGUGCAGUGUGAGAGGAAGCCUGUGGAAGUGACAACAAGAGAGAAAUCUGUCAACUGUGCUGCCUCCACUGAGAAGAUCUACAUCCGCAAGAACCUGUGUAGCCCUCUGGCUGCCACACCCACUUUUGUAUCUGACAAGGAAACCGCUAGGUCUACAAGUUUGCUCGAGUCGAGCAUGUUGCUCAACAUCCAACAACCCUUCUCCAAACUGGAAAACACCAUCUUGAUCCCAGCAUCCCCUGACAAGGAUGACCAUUCUCAAGGUGACCUUGGUACGCUGGCAAACGUAGUGACUUCCCUCGCCCACCUCAACAAGACCAGGGAGGCAAGUGACGGCGGCAAUGAUCUGAUGGGAGUUGAAACGCUUAGCAAUGGCGACAGCUCGAUGACAGACAUCCAAGGAGAUGAGCAAACUGCAAGUGAUAUCACUCGCGCUUUUGACACCCUGGCGAAAGUGCUGCACCCUGGUGAUGGUUCAGCAGCGGACUCCUUGGAGGCCACAAUGCAGCUGAUGUCAGGAGACCAGUCAGGUCCUGUGGUGGAGUUGGAGGGACCUCUACUCUCUGACAGCCACAUCCCUUUCAAGCUUAUGAUGCCUUUGCCUGUGCCAGAGUACCUCAAUGUCAACUACAUCUGUGAGUCAGCUUCCCGCUUACUUUUUCUCUCUAUGCACUGGGCACGCUCCAUACCUGCCUUUCAAACCCUUGGUGGUCAAGAUAAUGACAUUAACUUGAUGAAAGCCUGUUGGAAUGAACUGUUUGCCCUGGGUCUGGCACAGUGUUCCAACGUUAUGAAUGUUGGUACCAUCUUAAGUGCUAUUAUCAACCAUCUGCAGACCAGCUUACAGGAAGACAAGCUGUCACCAGAGCGAGUAAAACUAGUAAUGGAGCACAUCUGGAGGAUGCAGGAGUUCUGUAACAGCAUGUCCAAGCUGACCCCAGACUCCUAUGAAUAUGCCUACCUCAAAGCCAUCGUUCUCUUUAGUCCUGAUCACCCAGGCAUAGAUAACACCCCACAGAUUGAGAGGUUCCAGGAGAAGGCUUACAUGGAGCUGCAGGACUAUGUUACCAGGACCUACCCAGAAGACUCUUAUCGGUUAUCCAAGCUGUUGCUGCGUCUUCCCGCCCUCAGGCUGAUAAGUGCAGCUGUCACAGAGGAGCUGUUUUUCGCUGGGCUCAUUGGGAACGUGCAGAUUGACAGCAUCAUCCCUUACAUUCUCAAAAUGGAGUCCACUGAUUAUAACAGCCAGGCGGUCUCUGGUGUCUGACACACUGCUACCUGUAGUAGCAACAUUGGACUGUGAAAACUCAACAGCCAGCCAAUCAGAGUGCUUUGCAGACUGGUCACUGAGUGGUCAUAACAUACUGUAUUUAUGACAGCAUCCUGUAUGAAUUUUGUUUUCACUCUUACCUUGCUCCUACUUCUGACUCCUCAGUAACUAGUCAGUAGAGCACAAUUCACAAAGAGACACAUUAAAUCAACUCCAGUGGCAAGCAAGCCCUCCAAUAACUGCCCAUUGAGGAAUGAACCCUUGAAACCUGCAUAGUAGAUUGUGCUUUUUAUUGUACAUAGUAUUUUAUGCUUCAUUGCCUUCAAGCCUUUCCUUUUCUGCAGAUCUUGUUUGUACUUUGAAGGAAUCUGGUUUGUUUUUCACUGCUUUCCUAUACAUUUGCCAUGCUUUUUUAUUUUCUAUUGAUUAUGAGGAAAAAAACUUGUCAUAAUGUGAAUUGGUUUGUGAGAUGUUGUUAUUGCUAAAGGUUAUAACCUUUAUUUCUUAUUUUCUUGCCAAUCCAAAGGAUAGGGCAGCAUCACAUGUCAACUAUUUGACAUCAUGUGGAUCUGAAGUCAUUGUGUAUAUUUGUAUAUAGAAUGCACCAAGACUGGGCAGCACUUGGUAAUUCAUAGAUUCAAUCUUUUGGACAAAUUAAUGUGGACAGAAAAUGAUUGUCAAGACAUUUGACAAUAAAAACAUCUUUCAAUCAUG